AUUACAGUAGUCAAUGAAAUGAGGCAACAUAUGUUUUGCCACAUCGAUGUUUUCUAACAAUUAUAUCAGGUGAAAAUGGUGCAACGCCGUGGAAAAUCCAGCACCCCAGAAAGCAGUGUAAUUGAGAAAAAGAUUAAAAGGGGGAACGCGCAGCGUCAGGCUUCAGCGUGGAGGGGCUCUCAGACAGUUCUGUUUGUGUGUGUGGCACUUGCUGGUUGUGGAAUAGUGGGCUGGUUAUACCUCAGCCAAACCGAUGACAUCACGGAGACCCUUGUCUCGAGGAGUGAAGUGCUCUCACAGCCCAGAAUAUUCACUGUUCAGUGCUCUGACGACUAUGAAAACUACAAACGAUUCCCAGGCUGCACUCCACAGAAGUGCGGCAGAGCUGUCGCUGAUAACGUAGUGACAAGAGAGGAGGCUCACACCCUGAAACGGUUAGCUGAACGGGGCCUUUCCCUGGGGGGGUCGGAUGGUGGAGCUUCCAUCUUGGACCUUCACUCUGGAGCUCUGUCUAUGGGGAAGAAGUUUGUCAAUAUCUACAGAUAUUUCGGGGACCAAAUCAGGGACAUUUUUUCUGAGGAGGACUUUGAACUCUACAGGGACGUCCGUGGUCGCAUUCAGACGCUGAUCGCUGAGACGUUUGGGCUGAACUCCUCUCACAUGUACUUGACCAAACCCACGUUCUUCUCCCGAAUCAACAGCACGGCUCCUAAGACUACACACGAUGAGUACUGGCACCCACAUGUCGAUAAGGUGACAUAUGGAUCUUUUGAUUACACGUCACUGCUUUACCUGUCAGAUUACGGAGCAGAGUUCGGCGGAGGCAGGUUCGUCUUCAUGGACUCCAAUGCCAAUCGGACAGUCGAACCCCGAGCAGGGCGGGUGUCAUUCUUCUCCUCUGGCUCGGAGAACCUGCACCGUGUAGAGAAGGUUACUUGGGGCACGCGGUACGCCAUCACCGUGUCCUUCACGUGUGACCCUGAGCACGCAAUAGCCAAUCCCGCUCUGCCUUAGGUCACGUCUUCCUCGAACGGCAAGCCCUGCUAGCUGGAGGGAACCCUGCAGGAGGGACAGAGAAGAGAGAAACAAGGGACCACAGAGAGAAAACAAGCAAAAAUCAGAGACCCGAAGUCAGCACGUUCGUGGAUCUGUUUCAUUCGUUGAUUUCAUGUUGAUUUUUAAACUUGAGGUAAAAUGGGCUUUUUGCUAUAGAACAAUAUGAAGGACGUUAUCCGUUCUUCUGAAAGUGGAUGAUGUUUUUGGGUGUGGGGGAGGAACGAGGGAAAAUGAGAUUGCUCUUUAUUUUGGUAACUGCUCUCUUUUCUCCAAAAUUGAUUUUCUUUUUUUUUUUUUAAUAAAUGAUUCAUUGAUUUACAGUGUUGCAAA